AUGGACGCCACCAAGUACAAGGACGCCACCGUCCGGCGCGGGCACACGUACCACUACUACUACUCCCCCGCCGCCGCGGGCAAGCCGACCCUGCUCUUCGUCCACGGCUUCCCGUCGACCUCCUACGACUGGGCGCGGCAGGUCGCCCACUUCGCCCCCCUCGGCUACGGCGUCCUCGUCCCCGACUGUCUCGGCUACGGCGGGACGUCCAAGCCGGCGGACUGGGCCGAGUUCCGCCACAAGCUCAUCGCGGACGACCUCGUCGACCUCGUCGACGCCGAGGGCCUCGCCGACGUCGUCGCGAUCGGCCACGACUGGGGAUCCGCGCUCGUGUCGGCGCUGGUGCACCACCACCAGGACCGCUUCCGGGCGUUCGCGUGGCUCGCGGUCGGCUACCUCCCGCCGAGCCCGCAGGCGUUCGACCUCGACGCGCUGUGCGCGACGCUCAAGGCGGCGACGGGCAGCGAGAUCUUUGGGUACUGGAGGCUCAUGAACGCGCCGCACGGGCCGGCGCUCAUCGAGGAGAAGAUGGACAGCUUCUUGCAGCUGAUAUACCCGGUGGACCCCGAGUCGUGGAUCGAGCACAUCUGCCCCUCCGGCGCGGUCGACAAGUGGCUCGUCGACGACCGCCAGCCAGGGCGCCCGGGGUGGCUGUCUGAGGAGGACUACAACCACUGCCGCCAAGCUCUCCUGGAAGGCGGCAUGGCGUCUCCCGUCAACUACUACAAAGCCGCGACCAACAGCGGGAACCUGGCCGACCAAAAGGAGAUCCCCGAAGAGAGGUGGCACAUCACGAAGCCCGUCCUCUUCUUCGCGACGAACCGCGACUACGUCUGUCGCCCCGCGUCGUUCAAGCAGGGUUUCGCCACGUACGCGCCCCACGCCGAGACCAUCGAGCUCGACGUCGGGCACUGGGCGCAGCUGGAGGCGACCAAGGAGGUGAACGAGGGGCUCGAGAAGUGGUUGCUCAAGCUGCCGCGCGCAGCCGUCCCGAGGCUCUGA